AUGUCUGGAGCCUAUAGCUAUAUGUCUCGGGACCCCGCCCAUGACAUCUCGACAGCUUUCGCAAACCACAACAUCGACCUCGAAACAUUUGAUCUUCAUUUCGGGGCUUUGGAUUGGAAAGCUAUUGUUGAGAGAUACCACGAACCAUCUACUACCCAUGAAGCUAGAGAAGCUUCCAUCGCCGCACUUUUGGAGACGGCCAUUACCAAUCCAAUGGUCAUGUGGGACAGGGCUGGAGUAGCCGAAGAGGCAAUAACCAAAUGCGACGACCCAGAAUACUUCUCUUCCGAAGAAAAGAAGAGGAUUGUCUGGCAAUAUGGACUUGAAGAUCGGGACGAAGAAGGUGCGAUGAAAGUUUUAAAGUGGCAAAGCCAAAAAGACGGUUCCAUAUCUUUGUUAUCCGAGUAUGGUAAAGAGAUGCUUGCUCUCGAUCUCACUCGAAGGGUUCAAGAUACGAUUUAUCACGGAAAGCAAACUGUGUCUCCCAUCAGUCGUCUUCCAUCCGAAGCGGUUGAGAUGAUACCUGAGAAAGUGCGAUCGUUCGCAGAGGAUAUCUGGAAGUCACGAUCCAUUGCUUACGAUUCUCGUGCACCCGAAAAUACCAGACUGAACAUGUUGGUGCUGGACCAGAUGACCAGAAUGGCAGAUUAUAAGAACUGGGAAAAGCGUCGAGAAGCAGGUCCAAUUUCUAGACGAACAACCACGCGACCGCUUGGACCAAGCAUUGGAGAAUCUUCAAAGACUAAUCAACAACUUCCAGCGUAUGAUCCUGGUAAUUCCACCUCUGUGGGAUCCGACGAAGACUCACCUACGUAUGACGAGGUAGAACAAGCAUUGUCUCGGUUCACGGUCACAGAUCCAGACAAAAAGAGGGUAGAGGAGCUGAGAAAGCAGUACGGUGUGACCGAGGCAAUGCCAAGUGCCAGUACCCCAGCAAGUGAGAACGUUGGCUCAGCCGACAGAUCACAACGCAAACAUUCGAAUAAUUGGGAAAACUUUUCCAAAUUUUCGAAAAGUUGCUUCGGAUCGAGCGAGGAUACCGCUUAA